GCAAAACUGCACAGCAUCUAUUGCUAAUUGCGAAGCGUUUUUUUUUUCCUUUCAUAUUUUUCGUUAAAAACGUAACUGUCGCGAAUUUAUUCCGAGCGGGAACGUUGCUCCUUAGCAUUGCCAUCGAUUGUUUACAAAUGAAAAGCUUCGCUUGAAUUUAUUUUUAUAAAAUGAAGAUGAAAACAUCGUUGUAGCUAGCUUGAUAGCAUUAGCAUACAUCGAGUAACGGGGUUUUGUAGUUCCAUCCGCUGUUGUUUGAUUUAACUCUGUAGUGACCGAGGUUACGGCAUCUAUUUAUUUAUUUUUGAACAGGUCCGGCCUUGUUUUUGUUGUUGUUUUUUCGUCAUGUAGCACAUUCCGAUAUCGAAUCGUUUGCGCGGCGGAUCCGAAGCGGAGCUGCGGACCGAUGAGCUUCUCUGACGGCGGACGGAGAUGUUCAGCCUGAUGGCAAACUGCUGCAACUGGCUGAAGCGCUGGCGAGAGCCCGCCAGGCUGCUAGGAGCUGCAGGUCGGUCAGGAGGGCAUGGGUUAGCACGCCGUUUUCUGUCUCCUGCGGCUCCUCCAGAACGUCCUCCAUCCAUGACGUCCAGCUGGCUCCAGAGGACGGUUAGAUGGAUCGUGCAGUUGAUGUCUUUCAGACGCAAGUGUCAAAGGAAAGUGACCUUGGUGAUGGUCGGUCUGGACAACGCGGGAAAGACGGCCACGGUGCGGGGCAUCCAGGGGGAGAACCCCCGGGAUGUGGCUCCGACGGUGGGCUUCUCCAAGGUGGACCUGAAGCAGGGGAAGUUUGAGGUCACCAUAUUUGACCUCGGGGGAGGAAAGAGGAUCAGGAGCAUCUGGAAGAACUACUACUCCGAGUCGCACGGCGUCGUGUUCGUGGUGGACUCCAGCGACGUGCAGCGCAUCCAGGAGACGCGGGAGGCCAUGGCGGAGGUCCUUCAGCACCCCCGCAUCGCCGGCAAACCCGUGCUGGUACUGGCAAACAAACAGGAUCAGGAGGGAGCGCUGGCCGAGGCGGACAUCAUCGAGAACCUGUCCCUGGAGAAGCUGGUCAAUGAGAACAAGUGUCUCUGCCAGAUCGAGCCGUGCUCUGCGGUCAUCGGCUACGGGAAAAAGGUGGACAAGUCCAUCAAAAAGGGGCUGAGCUGGCUCCUCAACAACAUCGCCAAAGACUACGAGGCCAUCGCCGAGCGCGUGCAGAAGGACACCGCCGAGCAGCGCGCUCUGGAGGAACAGGACAAGAAGGAGAGGGCCGAGAGGGUCCGGAGGAUCCGAGAGGAGAGGGAGCGGCAGGAGCGCGAGGAGGCGGAAUCGGACGGCAGGCCGAUCCAAGAGGAGGAGCUGGAGGACAUUCAGGAUCCCUUCCAGCCAAUAGGAAGUGUUGUUUCUAAGAACGUGGAGAGAGAACAGCGGGAGGGCGGGGCCAACCGCUCCAGGACAUGGGUGGAGCAAGAGGAAGAGGAGUUGGAGGAGGACGGCAGGGAGGCAGACGGCACCAGACAGACGCCAGAAAACAACAGCGGCUCAGCAGGGGAACAGAGCAAGAAGAAGAGCAGUAAGCUGCACCUGAAGAGGAAGCACAAAGUGGACCCGCUGAGGACGGAGGAGCGGCCGGCCGAGAGCCCCACCCCUCCACCCCCUCCAGUGGGAUGGGCCUCACCCAAAGCCUCUAGACUUCCCAAACUAGAGCCACUCGGAGACUCGAGACACUCGGAUUUUUACAAGAAGCCGCUCCCGCCUCUCGCCAAUAGACAGCGGCCUAACGGCGACUCCCAUGACGUCAUUUUCUAAACUUUUUUUUUACAUUUUUUUACCCAGAAACGUCACGGUUCCAUCAGUCACGGAUAUUUAUUGUGUUUGUUUUUUUUUGUCUCAAGCCACUGGUGUGUGACUGCCAAACUAAAGGCGGAGCAGAGGCGGCGGCGGCGGCGCUGCAGUGCAAAAGGACACGGAUCGCAGAACUGCAGAACCUGAACCACAGCGGUUUCUGUUUUCAUUCCACACACUGAUGUUUCUCCUGUCAGUAUUAAAACCUUUGAUUUCCUGUAAAAAACAAACACUACAGUCACGAAUGCGUCACCCAUUCAUGAAUCUGCUUUUUAUUUUUUGCACCUUGAGAUUCAGAACAGAACGAUCAGGAAGACGAGCUUUUCUCACGUCGGUACUUUUUAAAAAAAUGAGUUUUGUGAUUAAACAUGAAAAGUCUGUGUAAAACAUCAAAUUAUGUGCUAAUGAAAAAAGGGGGGGUUCUCACCUCCUGCUGGCGCUAUGGCGCAGUGUCUGUCCGCUUCCUGUUGAACGUUCUGCUGGAAAAACAGCGUUUCCCGCCUGGAGAGAGAGCUGGACGUAGCAGGACUCUGCCGUCCCAGAAGCCUUUGCGGCUGGGAGCGGUGCUAGUGUUUUUACACGAUCAGCAGCCUUCGUAGUGACGUAAAACCACAGAUGUUGUAUCUGAUCUGUGUCGUGCAGCUCGCUUUUGUUAAUGACCUGGAUGUGUAAAAAAAAAGAAAAAGCUUUUUUUUCUAUGCAAAUUGAGUUUUAUAACGACACAAUUAAAGAUGUCUUUAAUACGA